AUGCAAGUCUCAGAUCUCAUCGCUCGUACAAAGCCACCCCUUACUAGCCCCUAUCUACUCUGCUGGCUUAUUGAUUACCUCAUGGACCCUCGUGGAUUCAAACCUUUGGCGAAACUGCGCGCAUGUGUCCUCCAGUUCUCGCCUUCCAAGUUCCCUGUUUUCGUAUUGGGCUUCCUUGCCUUCUUUAUACCUGGGGCGAUCACGAGAUUCCAUAUCAUGCUCAUACGGCGAGGACGUGAGAUAAUGCGGCAGGGCCUUGGAACAUUCCAAAAGGAUGUGCGACACUUGGAGUUUUCGUUUAAAAAGGCGAUAUACAGCGACGUUGCUGUCAUCCAUCUAAUCGCUGAAGCGUCCGAGAUAGAGUCAACCCUCAUCACUGUGGACAUCGCAGACGAGCUCUUCGCGAUCCAUCCUUCUGAAAAUGGAACAUUAUCCAACUAUGUGCCGAGGCUUAUUCGUCGCUUGACCACCGACGAGCUCAAGGUGGGAACACUGGCAGAUUUUCCCCGUCGUCAGGAGGACGAUACACGAAGUGAUGACCAAAUCAAAUUCCGCACGAGUACUGAGAGGCGGCACUCGAAGGAGGUGCAUCUUGUGCAUGUCUUUCGUGCGAUACCGAACGAAACUCACGAUCCCCCGGAAAGUAUUUUCAUGUCGUCAUUUGCCAAUCUCCCUAAUGGUUCUUCUAUCCGAAUACGAAUUCGGCGCGGCUUGUUCACGUUGUGGACGACAAGCCAAUCCUUGUCAACUGGGUUUAACCUGGUCCUGGGAUAG